UCCGGCUCGGGCGGCGCAUGGCGCGGGACGGCGGGGCGGCGGGGCCGGCCGCCUCCCGGGAGCUGCUGGCCGUGGGGCGCCGAGGAGGACUGGAAGAAACAUUGCUGAUUAGUUCAAAAUUUAACAACAAGAAGGCCACAACUUUACAGACAGUUAGGAUGCCAAGGAGUAAUGUUUUGGACAGAGUACAGAGCUUUCUACCACACAUGGCACAUGCAAAUGAUGAACUAAGAAGAAAAAUGGUAACAGCACCAGCUCAUCAGUUUGAUAUUGAAAAUAUAGGCAGUGAAACAGAAAAAGUUAUAGAAAUGAAUGUGGCUUUAGUUGAACUGAGUGGUUCUGAUACGGAUGAAGAGGUAUCAAUCUCAGAAGGUGAUUCAGAAUCUGAAGAUGACUGUGCAACUGAUGAAGUGACAAUAGACAACAUUAAGUUUCCUAAACAAAAGGAAGAAAAGGGCAAAAUAGAAAUUUUGGACAGCAAAAUGAAUGAGUAAAUCCACUUUCUUUUUUACUCUUUUUUUUUUUUUUUUUUGAAUGAAUCAUGCUUUCUGACUUUGAAGACUUGACCUUUAAACUGCCUUGUUUCCCAAUGCGACAUCCUCUAGGAUCAUGGGAAAUGCUGUAGCUUAUAUGAUUGGGAAUGCAGUAUCCACUUGGAUGAUUGUUUCUUGUAGUUCUGAGGCAAGCUGUGUCUCUGAAAAAUUACUGUCUUAUUUCUCAAAUGACAUAAAAAUGAGCUUCACCAGGAGGUCAGACUAAGCAAGCAGCUGGAAGUGAGGCACUUGAGCAGGCAGGCAUGCUGCAGAGGUAGUUAAGUAGAAUUCUUGGCCUGUUGCCUUUUUGAAAAAAGGUCUCUGUAGUGUGGUAGAAAGAGCUUUUGCCUAAAGGAAAGCAGAGGUAACUAGAAGAAAAGCUUUGUUUUUUAUAUUCAUUGUCCUUUGAAGUGUUAUGUAUGUCUUCAAUAUUAAACAUUAUCUUAAAGUACAUUUGAGGUAUGUCUACAUUGCAGUCAUGGUAGUAACUACUGUAUGCUAAAGCAGUGGUUGAGGUCAUUUCAAGGUAAGGUAGCCCAGUAAAAACAGCAUUUUAACUAGCUGUGACUCAAGAGAAAAUUCAGCAAACUCUUGGUUUUCUUGGCCUGCACUGAGCUUUGUAUGGGUAGAUCUAUCUAUGGAUAGAUACAAGCUAGUUUAUCGACUAGCAGCUAUCAGCAAUAAUGUUUGUGGCUGUAGUGUAGAUACCCUCAGAGCUUAAAGGAUCAAGUCUAUCUCUGUGGUGUUAAAAUUACUUUAAACCUCGCUUUUCAUCUCCUGCUUACCCUGCCACAUACUUCCAUCUUCUCCAUUUUGUUGGUAACUGUCCUUUCCAGAAGAAUAAAAAGACGUGUACCUAGAUUAGCUUGACACAACUGUGGAACCAUAGUCAGCGAAAGUAUGCGUCAUUCAUACUUACCUCAGAUUGAUAAAAAGCAAUGAUCUGGACUGUUAUAUUUACCUUAGAGAUCAUUUUGCAUUUCAGAAGCAUCUGUGAUGCUCCUGGAUAUCAUAAUUUGUUUCUUAAAGGAACUUUGUUAUUUUCUACACCAUUAGAAUAAAAUUUUCUAUACUGUAUUUGCUAAAUAUUAAAAUUCAAACAUUGUGACUUGAAACCUGCAAUUAAUUAUAUAAUUAUUUUGAAUCUCUCAUUUAAAUAGUGAAUUUUUUUUUCAAAGAUCUAUUUAUGGAAUAUUUGGGAUAGGAAAUAACAAGCAUUCUAGUCUUCCUUUCACAAUAUGGAUUCUUAAAAAUGGGAGGAGGGCAUGGUUUACUAGGAUUAUCUGACUAAAUCACAGAAUAUUUUGGAGAAUGGGAUGGAUGGAAAGCAAGGAGUGGGACUGCUAUUUUUGAUGGCAGCCCACAGAUCAGAUUAAGCUUUGGGGUAGAGUGCUACUCUUAAGAAGAGCAAGCAGUUUUAAGUAGGCUUAGUUUGUUGGAUAGUCUUGAUCUAUACGGAAAGCUUCUAUUCAAAUUGAAAAAAAAAAGUUUGAAGGCCACUGUCUUAACUCAGUCAUUUUUACAAGAGAUUCCAGAAAUCAAAAAAAAAAAAGAGAAAGUAUGAAAUAUGAAUAAGCAUUCUAUAUAGAACAGUGAAAACAGUCCAUGUGCACAGACGCAAAAAGUGAUUUUAAUCUGUUAAUGUAACCACCUUUGACAUUGCAGGCAGAUCACACAUUCCAUAUCAACAAAAGGAUAGAAAAUAUUUUUAGUAAUUUUAGCUUGAUAUGCAUAGUUUAACACCAAUGUUGAACUCUGUAUGUACUAUACAAAGAUCAUAGUAAGUGCACUUUCUUGCAUUUAUUUAGUUUUUUAUGGCACGAAGGUCUUCUGUACUGCUGAAGAAUCACCAGAGCAGAAUGCUUAAAUUACUACUGUAAAAUUUGAACCAGUUUUUAGCAAAAAAGGCAUAAUAUACAUAGUUUAGUUCAACUUUGAGAGAAGCUUUAUGAUCAAAGAUGUAAAAUGAUCAUGUAAAUAUUAUGUUCACACAGAUAUAAAAGUAGGCAUGUGAGAACACAUUAUCCAGUUGUACUAAAAAAAAUCCUAAACGCUUUUUUUUUCUGCUUGUGCUAAUGUGUUGGAUAAUUUGAAUUAACUUCAGAUUAAUUGCCAAAUGCUUUUGUCCUUCAGUGAGACUAAAAUCUGGACCUCAUUUAUGUAAACUUAUGCAUGGGUUGUGUGUAUUUGUUUUGUUAGUUUUACCACUUUGGACAGCAUAUCCUGGGCAUUGUAUGAAGUGCUUCGUGGUGUCCUUAAAACUAAAACUCAGCCAGUUUAAUUUUCAAGUGAGAUUGCUACUUUAAUAUUCCACAGUGAUAGCCUUGGUUCUAAGAUACUCAUGGAGAGCUUCUUCACCUGUAAGAACACAAUAUUAACGAAUUAGAAUAGCAGCUAAAUGAAAGAAUGUUGUCAACCUUUAACCAUUUUACAAAAAUUCCCAAUGCUAGCCAACAUUUUGAGUCCUUAAGGAGUAAUGACAAACUGAUCAACUAACCUUCCUGCUGAGAUUUACAGAACUGGUUUUACAAGGAGAAGUCAAAGCCAACAAAUGUGGAAAGGAAAAAGAACUGGAAUUUAAAAAGGGAGCUGCUACCCGCCUGCGAUUAAACAGCAGCAAUUUCUAGAUGGCCGUUGUGGCUCAUGGUGGAAUUUGAAGAAGUUCGGUUUGCCUAUAGUAUGUUACGUCUCCAGGUAUAGAUUCUGUGUGAAGAUUCUUAUUCUUUUUCCCUCCUCAUAAUAUUAAUCAUUUUGGUUUCAGGAAAUGUUUGAUACUUGUUAGAGAUUCCAAAGAGAAAAUCUGUUGUAUCACUAUGAAAAGGUUUUGUUUUUUUUUUUUUGUUUUUGUUUUUGUUUUUUAACUUUGCUAUGAGGCUUGAUCUGUACAAACUUGAAAAGUUUCUCUGACAGACUAGAUCCGACUUUUUUAAAACUACUUUCUGAAAGAAA